AUGUUCCCUGAAAACAAUGGCUAUGUGGUUUGGGUUUCCUAUGCUUUGGGUCCCUAUUGGGGGUUUCAGCAAGGAUGGAUGAAGUGGCUGAGUGGGGUGAUAGAUAAUGCUUUAUACCCAGUUCUAUUUCUUGAUUCUCUGAAGUCAGGAAUCCCUGCAUUAGGUGGUGGCUUACCUAGAGUUGUUGCAACCUGGGGUCUGACAAUACUUCUCACUUAUUUGAACUAUAGGGGUUUAACCAUUGUGGGAGGGAUUGCUGUUUGUUUAGUGAUUUUCUCGCUCCUACCUUUUGUGGUUAUGGGGUUGUUGGCAAUUCCAUACUUAGAACCUUCAAGAUGGGCUGUGACAAACCUAAAUGAUGUUGACUGGAAUUUGUAUUUGAAUACUCUAUUUUGGAAUCUUAAUUAUUGGGACUCCAUAAGUACUCUUUCUGGAGAAGUGGAAAAUCCAAAGAAAACUCUUCCAAAAGCUCUGUUUUUUGCUCUAAUCCUAGUAGUUUUGAGUUACUUCUUUCCUCUUCUAAUUGGUACGGGUGUUGUUCCCGUCAACCGUGAGUUGUGGACUGAUGGGUACUUCUCAGAUAUUUAA